AUCUACCUUCUCUUUCUAACUCUUUCCAUUUCUAUUGACAUUCCCUUUUCUUGUCCAAAUUAAAUAAUAUCAUGUUUGCCCUUUUGCAUAAUUGAUUUGAUUAAUCGUGUGGAGGUAUUUAUAAUUACUAGACAAUUGGUAUCAUUUUGCAUAAUAUUGUUUAAUGUUUUCGUGGGCAUUACACCUUAUUGUCCAAUGCACUUGAGUUGGACAUCCUAUCUUUGUUGAGUGCUCAAAUGAAUUUUCUCCUUCUUUUCCGGGUUCUUUCUUCAAGAAAACAAUUACCCAAUUGCCAAAAUUUGAUCUUUUCUUAUUUUUCAUAUAAAAUAUUGUAAAUCAAAUAUUGGGUAUUUGAGAUUGUGUCCUUUAUAAGAGGAAAUUGGUUGAAUUGUGAUGUGAUUCUGAUAAUUUAAGGAGAAUUAUGAAGUGGAGAAUGAGAUUCUUAAGUAUAGUUGGGAAUUCCUUAGGCUGCUCAGCUUCAGGAGAACGCUUGGUUUCAGCUGCUAGAGAUGGUGAUUUACAGGAAGCCAAAGCCUUAUUAGAGUACAAUCCUCGUCUCGUGAGGUAUUCGACUUUUGGUGUUAGAAAUUCCCCCUUGCAUUACUCUGCAGCUCAAGGGCACCAUGAGAUUGUUUUUCUUUUGCUCGAGACUGGAGUCGAUAUUAAUCUAAGGAACUAUCGCGGUCAGACUGCGCUAAUGCAAGCAUGUCAGCACGGUCAUUGGGAGGUUGUUCAGACUCUGAUUCUUUCCAAAGCCAAUAUUCAUAGAGCAGAUUAUCUUAACGGGGGUACUGCACUUCACUUGGCUUCAUUGAAUGGGCAUACUCGGUGUAUCAGGCUUCUGCUUGCAGAUUAUAUUCCUAGCAUUUCUUGCACAUGGAUUAUAUUACAAAAGAAAUCAAAAAAAGAAUAUGGAAAUUCAGAAUUUAAUGCGAGUGCCCUACACCAAGUGAUCAACAAACCAGCUGAUGGAGGAAUCACGGCACUUCAUAUGGCUGCAUUGAAUGGGCAUUUUGAUGCUGUCCAGCUACUUCUGGAUCUAGGAGCCUCUGUUAGUGAGACAACUGUCGAAGAUGGAACUACAAUUGAUCUUAUAGGUGCAGGAAGCACUCCGCUACAUUAUGCAGCUUAUGGUGGAAAUCUACAAUGUUGUCAACUUCUGAUAGCUAGAGGAGCAAGUCUUACGGCACAAAAUGCAAAUGGAUUAACGCCAUUGAUGGUUGCUCGUUCGUGGAAUAGAGAUUCGAUACUUGAAGUUCUUGCUACACCUAAAGACGUCCAAUUUCCAACAAUGCCUUCCCCUUAUCUGUCACUUCCCCUGAUGAGCAUAAUCAAAAUUGCAAGAGACUGUGGUUGGAGGAAUUCUGAUUUAGUACCAACAUGUCAAGAUCCUUGUGUGGUCUGCCUUGAAGGGAGAUGCACUGUAGCGUCUGAAGGCUGUAAUCACGAGUUCUGCACACGAUGUGCACUAUACCUUUGUACUAUGAGCUGCUCAUCAAACGUGGCCAAAGGUCCACCAGGUUCAAUCCCGUGCCCUCUCUGCAGACACGGAAUUGUGUCAUUCAUCAAACUUCCUGGAACAAGACUGAUGCCCAAGGAGAUUGGGAGGACGAGCUUGUCAUUGUCAUUAUGUGGCUGCUCAUGUGAGAAAAACGAGCGUGCCUCCCUGACAAUUCCUCUUUGCAAGCCGCCUUCAGUGGUUACUUCCUCCUCUAGUACUAGCCGAGUUUCCCCUCUGAGUUCCUCUUUUCGUUCUUUAAGCUGUCAAAGGUUUCCUUCCAUGAAACUCAAUUCGGGUUGCUGCAUGGGAGGAUCAGAGACUAGCCCGUCUAUUAUUGCGGGGUCUGUAAAUCGGAGUGUAAGGGAACAAUUAAGUAAGUGUGGGCGAGUUAGAUUAAGGCGAUCAUCUUCCCAUGCUGAAGGCCGGAAAUCAUGGUUUUGUGCUCUCAACCAAUAUGUUGCUACUAGCAGUUAAGUAGAUUCAUACUUUUUCUUUUUUCCUUGCUGAUCGUUAAAUUCUUUUUGCUUUUAGUUUUUUUGUAUAGAAAUCGAGAUUGUAAUGUUGAACUACAAUGAUACUAGUUUUGUAGGAUGUGUGAUUCCGAAAACCGCAGAGAAAGAGAGCGAUAUGGUGUACAUAGUGAAUAUAUUUCAAAGAGAAGAAAACGUGCUAUAUAUGACAGACUAAACUGGGUUUUCCUAACGUACAGAGCAAAUUUACGAGACUGAUGUCAAAAUACCUUCAAAUUUUGAUCAGAUUUGAGCUUGAACUUUUUACAUGCCAA